GUCACAAAUUGGAUGAUUUGCAGUUUUACAAUUCUUUCAUAAUUCUCUUAAACUCGUCCGAGCAACACAAGAAAAGUCUCAUAUUCAUUAUACUCAUACGGCUUUUUUUUCGUAUGUUUUUACCAAAAAAUAAAAAAAAAAACGUAUUUGAACCAAAAAAAAAACCCCAACUUAACAUAAAAAAAAGAAAAAUAGAAAAAAAGAGCCGUUAACGUGUGGCCUAAGCAAGUUUUGAGUAAAAGUUUUACGAAAUAGGCGCUAUAUUGCAGAAGUACUUUAAAGUAACUCAAACCAUGGGCUACGACAACUACAACAACGGCACCGAGGUGGCCGAGUCCGGGCAGGGCAUCUACGCCGGCGGCAAUGGGAACAACGUGGUGGUGGCCGAUGAGCAGUUCGCUGCCGCCGCGGCCGAGCUGCAGCCGUCGCUGAACCGUGUGCUCAGCUCGAUUGACUACGAUCUGUGCUUCAAGCAUCCACUGGAGCACACCUGGACGCUGUGGCACUGGGAGAACGAUCGCACCAAGUCCUGGUCCGACAUGCUCAGCGAUGUGACCAGCUUCAACACUGUCGAGGAUUUCUUCAGUGUCUACUACUUUAUUAAGCCGCCAUCGGAUCUUAAAGUAUUCAAUGACUAUAUGGUGUUCAAGCAUGGCAUACGUCCCAUGUGGGAGGAUGAUGUCAACAAGGACGGCGGUCGCUGGGUCAUGUUUUUGGACAAGGACUCCAAGGAACUGGUGGACAAGUUGUGGCAUGAUUUGCUUUUGUGCACCAUUGGCGAGUGCUUUGAGUACUCGGAGCAGAUCUGUGGCGUGGUUAUUAAUGUGCGCAACAAGGCAAGCAAGAUAUCUCUGUGGACCAAGGACUCGCGCAAUCAGCAGGCUAUUCUGGCCAUUGGGCACAAGAUGAAGCAACUGCUGCAGCUGAGCGAGGUGGAGCUGCAGUACCAGGUUCACAAGGAUGCCAUGGUUCAGGCCGGGCCGAAUGUCAAUGCUAUUUACAAAUUGUAAAUUCCGAGCAAA